AUGGAGUCCUACACCCUUAUGAGCGACUGCGCUGCUCCGACGGGGCGGGGCCACGGCCGGAAGUGGGGCGGGACGUGCGGGGGUCAGUCGCCCUGCAGAUCCGCUUUCUCGCUGCGCGACCCUGAGUGCAGGAUUGAGAAGAAGGAGUGUGUUCAGAAGGAAGACAUGUCUGAGGAUUUGGAAUUAGAGGUAGAAAUGUCAGAAAACUGUGCUGACGAUAUCUCCCAGUCACCUGGGCUUGCAGAACUCUGUGAUGAUGCAUUAGCAAGAGACUGGGGAGUCCCUGGAGGAGAGAGGCUGGUGCAGUCCUUGUGCCAGGAUGGGGACUUCACACCAGCCAAAGUUCUGUUGAAAAGCUCCUUAGAGGGGAAAGACCUGGACUGCAGUGGUUUGGGCAGAAGCUUCAGUCUGAGCCCAAAACUGAGGUCCUAUCAUCAGGGAGUUCCUGUAGAAGAAAGGCUGCACCCAGAUUUGUGUGGCCAGAGCCUCCAGCCCAGCAUGGACCUACCUGGCCCCGAGGGGGUCACCACAGCUGAAAGCCCCCUCAUAUGUAAUGAGUGUGGAGAAACCUUCAGCAGAAACCCUGACCUUAUUCAGCAUCAGACAGGCCACACUGGGGAGAAGUCCUUGAUGUGUAGUGAAUGUGGGAAGUACUCCAGCCAGUCUCGCAUGAGAGAGAAAGCUGGUCAGCGCAGCACGUGUGGGAAAGCCUCCCCUGAGCACACAGACCUAGCCAGGCAUCAGAGUCACCAUGGUGGUGAGAAGCCUCAUGUGUGCACUGACUGUGGGAAGGCCUUCAGCCAGAACUCAAGCCUUAAGAAGCACCAGAAGUCUCACAUGAGCGAAAAGCCCUACGAGUGCAAUGACUGUGGAAAGGCUUUUAGACGGAGCUCAAACCUCAUUCAACACCAGAGAAUCCACUCGGGGGAGAAACCUUAUGUGUGCACUGACUGUGGGAAGGCCUUCAGGCGGAGUUCAAACCUCAUUAAACACCACAGGAUUCACACAGGGGAGAAGCCUUUUGAGUGUAGUGAGUGUGGGAAGACCUUUAGCCAGAGUGCACACCUGAGGAAACAUCAGAGGAUUCACACUGGAGAGAAACCUUACGAGUGUCAUGACUGUGGCAAACCAUUCAGUCGUAUCUCCAACCUCAUUAAGCACCACAGGGUUCACACUGGAGAGAAACCAUAUAAGUGCAGUGACUGUGGGAAAGCAUUUAGUCAGAGCUCCAGCCUCAUUCAACAUCGCAGAAUCCACACUGGAGAAAAACCUCACGUAUGCAAUGUGUGUGGAAAAGCCUUUAGUUACAGCUCUGUUCUCAGAAAGCACCGGAUAAUCCACACAGGAGAGAAGCCGUAUGCAUGUAGCACCUGUGGGAAAGCCUUCAGCCACAGCUCAGCCCUCAUUCAGCAUCAGGGCGUGCACACGGGUGACAAGCCCUACGAGUGUCGUGAGUGUGGGAAGACCUUCGGUCGCAGCUCCAACCUCAUUCUUCACCAGCGAGUCCACACGGGAGAGAAACCCUAUGAAUGCACAGAGUGUGGGAAGACUUUCAGCCAGAGCUCAACCCUCAUUCAGCAUCAGAGGAUUCAUAAUGGGUUGAAACCCCAUGAAUGUAACCGGUGCGGUAAAGCCUUCAACCGAAGCUCCAACCUCAUUCACCACCAGAAAGUUCACACGGGGGAGAAACCUUACAUGUGUGUUGAAUGUGGCAAAGGCUUUAGCCAGAGCUCGCACCUCAUUCAACAUCAGAUAAUCCACACUGGCGAAAGGCCCUAUAAAUGCACGGAGUGUGGGAAAGCCUUCAGCCAGCGUUCAGUCCUCAUCCAGCAUCAGAGGAUUCACACUGGGGUGAAACCCUACGACUGCACUACUUGCGGGAAAGCCUUCAGCCAGCGGUCAAAGUUGAUUAAACACCAGUUGAUCCAUACCAGGAAUUAGCCCACUGAGGUGGUGGGAGUGAAACCGCCCCUGGUUUCCUCGCUGACUCCCCUGACUGUCGCAGCCUCUGCUGUUUCCCAGACCUGAAGCCUGGCCUGAGGAGCUCUUCACCCUGUGCGCAGAUGACCAGACAGCCUGGGGCCCUCCCCUGAAUCAUCCUGUGCAGGUCUCCUUCCCAUUGCCAUUGCUCCUGCUUCAUGUGACCUCUGUUUUUGCACUGUGUGAGCAGAAUGACAUCGGUUAGGAGAGAAAAUGUAAUGGAGGCUUUUAUUUUUGCAACCAAAAGUUACCAAAAAAGUAAAGUAACAUUUGGAUUCUGAUAACCAAAGUAAUCCUUUUAUUUAGUAACUGGUCAUAAGGGGUGAGUUCUUUUCAGUGGCUAUAAUUAACAUUUUGUUUAUAUAAGAUCAAGUCCAUAGCUUUUCAGGUUUGUUUUUUGUUUUGUUUUGUUUUUUUGUUUUGUGUUUUUUUUUUUUUUUUUUUUUGACAGGCAGAGUGGACAGUGAGAGAGAGAGAGGGAGACAAAGGUCUUCCUUUUGCCGUUGGUUCACCCUCCAAUGGCCGCUGUGCCCGGCACACUACGGCCGGUGCACCGCGCUGAUCCAAAGGCAGGAGCCAGGUGCUUCUCCUGGUCUCCCAUGGGGUGCAGGGCCCAAGCACUUGGGCCAUCCUCCACUGCACUCCCUGGCCACAGCAGAGAGCUGGCCUGGAAGAGGGGCAACCGGGACAGAAUCCGGCACCCCGACCGGGACUAGAACCUGGUGUGCCGGCGCCGCUAGGUGGAGGAUUAGCCUAUUGAGCCGUGGCGCCGGCCCAGGUUUGAUUCUUGUGUCAUCCUCCCAAGAUAACCCAAUCCCUUCCCCUCUCAUUCCAUAACUUGGCACCAGGCCCCCCACUGCCAUGUGUGCCUUUGUGCAUACCUGUAGUCUGAGGUCAGCUUUCUCCUCCUCUCUGCUCUAAUGUGGCUUGGGCCCCCUGGUCCUCUUUGCUGCACAGUUCCCUGUGGCAUUUUCCCAGCUUCCAUUCCUCAUGGUGCAGGAGCCACAGAGGCAGCGCAUUUUCUGCCCCACAAGUUUCCAGGCUGCCUCUUCCCACGUGCACUUAUCACUGCACACUUACACCUCCUUGGUGUCUUGCCCAGCUCCCCUACCCCCAUCCUCAGUUUCCCAAAGCUGUUCCCUUACUCUCUGAACGGGGGAGCUGAGCUCAGAUGCAACGCAUGGCUCCCAGAGAUAUCAACCUGGGAGUGUCACAGGACAGUUAAAAAAAUUGCAACCCACGGAACAAUCCUGACUCAACACGACUUUUAGUAAAUACAGUUUUCUUGGCACACAGCCAUGCCCAUUUAUUUAGCUACCUAGUGGCUUUUGCAGGAUAGACUUCAGCAGUUGCAAUAGAAACCACAUGGCCCCUAAAACUGGAGUGUUUGCUUUCUGGCCUCUGCAGGAGAAGCUUGCUGACCCUGCCUUAACCUGCAGCUCUGUGAUCUUAGGUGGCUCAUGGCCUAGAUUUCCCCAGGGCACAGCUUGUGCAGUCGAAGUGUGUGUAGAUUUUCCCCAGGGCUCAGCUUGUGCAAAGUGUGUUUUGUGUUUUGCUAAGGUGAUUGUAUGGGCUGUUCUGUAGUCACAGAGGACCCUAGUCCUCCUUUCCCAUGAAGUCCUUGCGAGAGAUGCAGAACCAGUGAGUUUUUAUUGCAGCUGAGUUUUGUGAAGAGUAAAAGAACUGGAGUUUGCACUCAACAGAAUCACUAGGAGAGCAGGAGAAGUAGACCUCAGGCCAAGCUCCCAUGACAGAUUUUAGAACCAUCUCAUAAAACCCCACUGCUUUGCUGUGACCUGGGCUUGCAAGCAGAUGCCCUGUGGUCAAUGCAAGUCUUCAGAUAGAUCUGAGCCCUAGAACCCAGUCCUGUUUCCCUGCUAGCAGCAAGUGUGGCUUCCAUGGUGGAAAGGCUAUAGAGAGCUGCUAAAAUGGGGAGGUGUCAUGACAUUUUGGGCUAUCACAAAUGACAGACACCCACUAUGGCCUACAUUUUGUAAUCUGGAAAGCCUGAAAUAGUUUCAUGAAGGAAAAUACCCAUAUCCUUUCACUCAGAUUCCCCAAUUAACACUUUGCCACACCUGUAAUUGUCUUCUCUUGCCUCCCUGUCUGCAGGUAGACACCGACAUUUUCCCCAACAAAGUAAGCUACAGACAGGAUCCAUCUUCACCCCAGAUAACUUCAGUAUGUGCUUCCUAAGAACACUACCACAGUACUGUCAUCAAAUAAAGUGAAUGCUGAGGCAGGCAUUGUGGUGCACUGGGUUAAGCUGCCACUUGGGAUUCUAACAACCCGUAUCCAGGCCAGUUCAAAUCCCAGCUACACCACUUCUAAUCCAGCUCCCUGCUAAUGCACCUAGGAAAGCUGCAACAGAAGACUGGCCCAAGUCCUUCAGCCCCUGCAUCCACGUGGGAAACAUAGGUGGAGUCCCAGGCUCCUGGCUUUGGCUUGGCCCAACCCUGGCUGUUGGAGCCAUUGGCGAGUGAGCCAAUGCAUGGAAGAUCCUCUGCCUUUCAAAUUAAUCGCGCAUUUUUAAAAAAGAGGGAGGGGCCCACGCUGUGGUAUAGCAACUAAAAGUCUCCACCUGAAAUGCUGGCAUCCCAUGUGGACACUGGCUUGAGUGCCAGCUGCUCUACUUCACCCAGCUUCCUGCUAAUGUGCCUGUGAAAGCAGCAGUUGGGGCCCAAGUGCUUGGACCCCAGCCACCCACCUGGGAGACCAGGUGAAACUUCUGGGUCCUGGCUUCAGAUCAGCCCACCUCCAGCCUUUGCCACCAUUUGAGGAUGAACCAGCAGACAGAAGAGCUCUUUCUGUCUCUCCCUCUCUCCAUAAUUCUUUCAAAUACAUAAAUAAAUCUUUAAAGAUUUUUUAAAAGGUGUUGACAUACUAUAACUUAUAAGCCUUAAUGCUUUGCCAAUUGUUUAUAUCAAUUAGAAAUUCUCUUCUUCUUCCAGGAUCCAGCCUGAGGUCAUACAUAUAUAGUUGUCACAACCUUCCCUCCACACUAGUUCCUGUCUUAACCUUUCAUGAUAUUUGAAUUUUUGAAGAGCGCAUGUCAAUUUCUUUGUAGAAAGUCCUUCACCUUGAAUUUCUCGUGUUUCUUGGUGGUUUUGGCAGGAAUUGUGGAAAAGAUGUGUUCUCGGUGUGUUGUAACAGGAGGUCCAUAACUGUCACUUUUGUUGUUAAUCUGUUGCUCAGCUGAAAUGGUUACUGCUAUACCUCUCCACUAUAAAAUUAUUCCCCCUUCUUAUUAAGUAUUUUUUAAGAGAUACUCAAGUUAUGUAGACGAUCCUGUUUUGUACCAAUUUUUAUUCCCGUUUAGAUCCACAGAUAAUUCUUCUAAUAUUAAUACAGGAGUUUUACUUUCUCUA